CCACACGUAUGAAACAGUUGGCCAUUCUGCUAAACGAUUUCAACUUCGAGUGCAUUGGCACUGCACAGACUGACGACGAGAACGUCAUCUGCGAGAGCUUAAAGCGCUUCGGUGCGAUCAUUGGCACCAUCGAGGAUGAGCGCGAGAAAAUGUUAACUCUGGCGGACAAACAUAUCAUUGAAUCGCUGGAGGACUUUCGCAAGAAACAAAUUGGCGGCGUCAAGGAGAACAAAAAGAAAUUUGACAAGAAGACAGAGAAGUUCUGUCAGUCGCAGGAGCGCUUCCUAAAUAUGUCAACCAAAAAGCCAGAGAACACGAUACAAGAGGCCGAUGCCAGUUUGGGCAUGCAUGAGCGCGAAUACAUUCAGGAGUCGCUCAGCUAUGUACUGCGCAUCCAGGAAGUGCAGGAACGCAUCAAAUUUGAAUUCGUCGAAAUACUGCUGGCCUUCAUAUCCGGCUGGCUGGUGUUCUAUCACACCGCCCACGAGCAAGCCGAAGACCAUCGCGACUAUCUGCAGGAUCUGAGGCACAAAGUCCAAAAGACUCGCGAAAAUUUUGAGGAAGCUCGCGAAAAGGUCACUGAACUAAAGACCAAGUACAUGGAAAAGCGUACGAAGUCCGAGGAGAUUUUCACCAAACGCGGUUAUUUGUUUUUGAUGGAAAAGAGUUCCCUUCUGAAAAUCUCACUUUUAGAGCCCUUUAAAGCAACAUGGACGAAAUACUAUUGCACAUUCAAGAAGCAAAAGCGCGAAUUCACAAUGCUCCAGUUCAAUCAGAUGAAUCACAGCUUUACGCGACCCGAGGCGCGUGAGGACGAGAAGCUGACACUGUUCUCGUGCCAGCGUCGGGCCUCCGAGUUUGAGAAGAGGUUUUGCUUCGAUCUAACAUUCAAGGAGAAGCCGGGCAUUGUUUACACAUUUCAGGCGCUAAGCGAAAAGGACCAUCGCUCCUGGCUGAGCGCCAUGGAUGGCACGGAGCCGACAUAUCUGGUGCCCGGCAAAAUGAAGGCCAGCGAGGCCUAUCAAUUGGACGAGACUGGCUUUAUAUUCGUGCGCCGGUGUAUUCAAGUUCUGGAGGGCCGUGGUCUCGAGGACGAGGGCAUUUAUAGAAAAAGCGGCGUCGGCACUAAAAUCAACAAACUGCUCUCCCUCGGCAUGGAGCGCAAGGAAACGGAUGAUGUAUUCACCGAUGACAAAUAUCGUGAUCUCAUGGAGAGCAACACCAUUGCCAGCGCUCUGAAAAUGUAUCUGCGCAAUCUGAACGAGCCCCUCAUGACCUAUCACUAUCACAGCGGCUUCAUCGAGGCAGCCAAGAAAGAGAGCCUCAAUCAACGCGUCAACGAGGUGCACAAAUUAGUCUACAAACUGCCGCAGCCAAACUUUGAAAUGCUGGACAUGGUCAUCAGGCAUUUGACUGAAGUCUCGCGCAAGUACGAGAAGAACAAAAUGUCUGUGUUCAAUUUGGGCGUGGUCUUUGGGCCGACCUUGCUGCGUCCGCUGGAGGAGACGGUCGCCGCCAUACUGGACAUCAAGUUCAACAAUAUUGUUAUCAACAUACUCAUCGAGAACUAUGAGCGCAUCUUCAAGAAUGAUCCAAGCAGCGGAGUUGCGACUGCAGUGAAUGCUGCUGUUACCGCUGCCAACCUGCAUCCCAGCAGCACCAGUCCGCCGACAAGAAUGCCGCGCGCCUCGCAGGUGGGCAAGGCUGCCUCGACGGGCGGUGGCAGUGUCAGCGGCGGCGGCGGUGGCAGUGUAGGUCGGAGCUCGAUGUAUUCGCCGCAACAGAAGGUGUACCGUGUGGUGGCCAAAUCCAAUUAUCCGGAGCCCACCAUGUCCUCCAGCUUGCAGAAUAUUCCAAAUGGCAUGAUCUAUGCGCAUGGGCCGGCCAGCGCAAGCAGCAGUACUCCGCCAAGUGGCGUUACCAACAGCAGCACCAAUGGCGGAGGCACUGGAUCGACGUUGACGGUUUCAGCGCAUGCGACAAAUGGUGCACGGCCUGCCCAAAUGGGCAGCAUGAAGAACCUGCACGCCAUGACGCAAAGCGACAUCAGUGGACGUCGCGGCGGCGGCGGCACUGGCACAGAUGCGGCAGCUGCCGUUUAUGGCAUACUGGGCGCCGGCGCCAAUACCAAUGGGGGCGCGGGGCUGCAGGCGCAUCAUGCGACGCCGGCAACAGCCAGCAGCAAUCUGCGACAUGCCGAUUAUUUAAUGGCCACUGCCACGCCAGUGGCACAGUCUGCAUCCAGCAGCCAUAUUUAUACGAACGCCAGCAGCAAUCGUCUCAGCCUAAACAAUGUCUCCCCGCCCACGGCCGCCAUGCGCAAGGAGCGCCAGCUGCAGACCUCAGGCAGCAGCAGCGCCGUCGUAGGAAGCGGCCCUCAGCAGCAUCCGCCCGUGCAGCGCAGCCACUUUGGCUAUGGGCAGGCGAAGCACUAUUCGCCCGUAGCAGCCGCCUCCACAUCCAGCUCCAAUGAGAGCGUCUGCGAUUCACUCUCCUCCAACAAUGGCCUGGUUGGCGGUGGUGGGGGCGGAGUCGGAGGCGGCACUGGAGGCGCGGCUCUAAUCUCUGGCGGCAGCAGUGCCAAUGUGACGCGUCUGUUGAACGCGCGCACCUCUAUUGAUUAUCCGCCAAUCACAUCGCAGGCAUCGUCACUGUCCACGCUGCUUGGCUCCACCUGUGAUGAUAUUGUGACGGCCACCGCGGCGCCAUCCAUGAUCGGUGGCAGCGGCCUGGGGAACCUUAGUGGCAGCGGCUCCACCAACGAGAGCGCCGACUAUGCGCCAACCAAAAUGCAUCGCAACCGUGACAUUAACCAAAUCAAGCGGGAUCUAUCCGCGGGCACAGCACGCGUUCGUACUUUAUAUGCCUGUAUGGGUGAGAGCGAGGGCGAGCUAUCCUUUGAGCCAAAUCAGAUUAUAACCAAUGUGCGCUUCUCACACGAACCGGGCUGGCUGCAAGGCACGCUGAAUGGCAAGACGGGUCUCAUACCCGAGAAUUACGUGGAGCAUCUGAAGCCAUACCACUAGAGUUGGCAUUUUGUUAAUGCCGCUCUUAACCCGAUACCCUACUCCUCCGUCUCCUCUACCCGUAACUGCGUUUAGCCUAGUAUUGUAAGUUCGCAUUAGCCUAGAGCUCUGCAUAGUUGGGGCACCAUCCAAAAUCACAACUGUAAAAUUGUAUAAAAAUGAAACUGAGAGAGGAAACUGCAACAGCGGCGUAAAUAUAACUGAUGCUGAAAUGGGUAUAGUUAU